AUGUCUUAUGAUGCCACCUCCCUUCCGCAGCCCCAGCCAACUCCGCCAUACUACGCCGUCACACCUCCAGCUCCGCCACCCAAACCUUCCUCGGCCGAACAACAGCAACACCAAGGCCCUCCGCUUCCCCCACCCCCACCAAACUACAAUGAACCUCUCGAAUUAGACGGCCGCUCUGCAUAUGACGCGAGUUCGCAACAGCCUCGACGUUACGCAUCGCCGCCACAGCAGCAGCAGCUGAGUAUUCCGCCAAUUGAGCCGGGAUGGCUGCCCGAGAGCAUCAAAGACAAGAGCACAUCCGACCUCCACCACCUCCUCUCCAACACAACCCUGCAAACAUCCCUCCUCUCCGCCCCCCAAACAACCCACCCCUCCAUCCCCGCCAGCCACUCCGCUCUGACCCCCCUCCUCGACGCCAACCUCCAUCUCUCCAACACCCUCCUCACCCUCGAACAAACCCUCUCCCAAAAGCGCGCCCAAACACAAUCCCGCCUGCUCGCCCUCAAAGCCCUCGAGCGCCAACACCGCGCCAAACUCGAGGAGACGGAGAGCGCGCUGCAGCAGUGGAGUCCCAUGGCGCUGUACCAGCGGUUGAGCGCUAGUGUGGGGGAGCAGGAGAAUCUGGUGCGCGGGGUGGAGGAGAGUUGGAUGGAGGAUGUUUCUCCUGGGGGAAAUGGAGGGGCGGCGAGUAGUGCUGAGGUGGAGGCUUUUGUCAAGAGGGUGAAGGAGGGGAGGAAGUUGGCUUUCUUGCGGAGGGAGAGGAAGGGGCGGUGGGAUGAGGGGCGGGUUGGGGGGUGGAGAUGA